UGGUUAGGUUAUCUUAUAGAUCCCUGCCAGUAGCAAAUCUAUCAAUCACCCUUUUAGGAUAUCGUUUGUAUGGGAAAGAUUUCAGCAGCAAAGCAUACUAGUGAAUUGCCAGCCUUGUCUGUUUUUGUUUCACUAUCUUUGCCUCCCCGGUCAAGGCACUUGAUUGGAAUAUUUCGAAUCGCUCUGUACAACCUUGCCUACCGGCACUUUCACCAGUAGUGGGGAACAAGUGUAUAUGAAUCAAUCUCCUUCCAUUGCUUUACAGGCCGGAAAAGACUUGUCCAGAUCUCACAAAACGCAUUCAUUUCCAAAGUGUGACGCAUAUACAAAUACUGAACAUAUUUCCUCCUUCAGUACAUACACUUUCUCAAUAACUUCAACCUCUUUGAUUGUCUUCAGUUCCUAUCUGUUCUAUAGUCUUGUCUUUCUCCAACUUUUCGUGUCAACUUGACAAAGUCUUGAUUUCGGAUCAAUCUUUACACUAUCAGCAACAGCAAGCCUUGCAUCAAGCAAGACAACUCGAAAAACUGGCGAUUAUGUCACACACAUCAGGCAACGCCUGGCGCUGGAGUGAGGAUUCUCACAUUCCAUUUUGUUAUAUGGAUACAGCCGGCAUGGUCCAGUCCAUGAAUCCCCAAACAACUUCAGCAGGCUUGGGGAGAGCAACCGUUGCUGCCCCCAUCAUGCCAAUAAGUUCUUACGGUGGCAGCACUUUCAAUAUGACCAAUGGCCAUCAACAGAUUCCACAGAACUCAUAUGGUUUCACAUCUUACAAUGAUGGUAGCUUAACCACUAUCAUCCCAAGUUACGGAGCCAAUUAUAUUCAGUCACGACCCCUUCCCGGCAUGAUGCAAUCUUUUGCUCCUACUUCAAAACAGGCUCCUUUCAACGGAAGCAACCGACAAGGAUUCGUGGGAAGCACGCAUCAAAAUCAAAGUCCUCAAAUCAAACCUGAACCUUCAUGGACAACACCUGCAAGUCAUAAAUCACCACCGAAAACUCAAUCAACCCCACCACCUAGCAAAGACAUAAAUCCUCUACCUUUGACUGGCUCUGACGAGGCACACAUUGGAAGCACAGCAAUUGACCGACUUAUGAAGGUCAUUCAGACCAAAACACAAACAUUGCAAACACAAUUACCACCUAUUCCUCAGAUUACACCUGUGGUAGGUGCACCCCACACCCUCUCUCGACAGGAUUCAACGUAUCGAAGAUUUUAUGGAUAUGAAAAAGAAGAAAAGCAAAUGCUCACAUCUGGUAAGGCUCCAAGUGAACCAGGUCACUCAAAGAGAAAAGAGAAGAAGUAUCGAUGCACCUUCGAGAAUUGUCCAUCGAGUUUCCCACAGAAGACACACUUGCAAAUCCAUCUUCGAAAGCAUACCGGUGCAAAACCAUACACAUGUAGCUGGAAAUCUUGCGGUCGACAAUUCUCUCAACAAGGAAAUCUCAAGACGCACAUGAAUCGUCACAGUGGCGAACGACGCUUUCCUUGCGAAAUAUGUGGCAAACGUUUCGGACAACCAAGCAAUCUGAGUGCUCAUAGAAUCGUUCACACUGGCGAAAAACCCUUUACAUGCAAACUCGAUGGAUGCGAAAAACGUUUCACACAACUUGGUAACCUCAAAUCUCACCACAACAACUUUCACCAGCAAACAAUUGAAAACCUCAUGUUGAAACUUGAAAGCGGCGAAAUCGACUUGGAGGCUAACAAAGAAUUCUGGUCUUACUUCUUCACUCUCUACAAAAACAGUAACAAGGGCAUCAAAGGACGAGGCAAAGAUAGAAACAUCAGUCCCCGAAGUCGGUUAUCGAAGAACGGCCACGCAAGUACUGGUACAAAUGCUAGUCGUUAUAUCUCGUCUGACAUUCGAAGUUGUCAUGGACUCAUGGGCGUAGACCCAACCUCGCCAUUUAGUAGUGAUGUAACAAUGUACGAUUCCGAUGCGAGUCUAAGGAGUCAUACGAGUGGAAGCAUGAGUGUACAUAGUAGUUAUGGUUCUGUCUCCAGCGAUGGAACGGCAUCUACCUGCUCAAGUUUCUCAGAUGAGAUUACAGGUGAUUAUAAGGAUCAUCGUGGAAACUCAAGAGGCGGAUUAGCUUUUGGAGAGAGACUGUACUAAAAUUCUGCCAUCAACUCAAGACAAGACAGUUGUGGGGAUUGGUGAGGGGAGGAGGGGCUAGCACAUAUAAACAAACGUACAAAGUUACGAGAAAUGCAAGUUACGAACGAGCAGACAAACGAAAAGACGAAAAUGGACGAAUGGUAGAAGAUUAUCUUCAUCAUCACCACGACUAUCAUUCUCAUCAUCAUUAUCAAACGACCACGCACACGACCAUUUUAAAAAAAAAAGCGUUGUAUUUUUACGGCACCAGACCGAGUAUCUCCCCACCACUUCUCUAUUAGAAGUGUUUUACCAGGACACUUUCUUUUCUCAAUUUUCUUAAUAUCUUUUCAUUAUCACAAUCACUUGAUUUCUAUUUCAUUUUUCGCUUUUCAUUUAUCGGGUGGUAAAGUCAAUUCAAAAAACUGCGGAUAUCAUGUAUUUCUUAGGAAGGGCAGGGGUCUUUGUAUUUGGGCACGCAAUAGUGGAACGGGGAGAUGUUAACAGAUGUAUGAGGAUGCAAUGGGAAUUGGAAUGGGGCAAAGGGAUGGAGUAUAUUUUGUAUGGACAGGAGGAAUCGACGCAGAGUGGAAUAAGUGGAGAGAAAGUGGGAAAGGGAAAGUUAAAUGUUGAGUAUCAUUGCCACAAUAGUCAAGUGAAUUAGAUUUAUUAACGAAUAAUAUGACCACAUU